CGUAUACAUUAACAUCUUUCAUGUAUUGCAUGAAUAAUAUUUGACGUCUUUCAUAUGAACAACGUUUGGAAUUAAAAUAAUAAAAUUUUCUGUUUGUGCAGAUUCAUUGAACGUAACAUAAAAAUGACUGACAAAAAUCUUAUUGCAAAACUUGCUAGUGUGCCUUUGGAGAAGCCCGGCUUCGACGCUCUCAAUAUGACCGCUCCGUUUAUGGUACAAAUGAACCCGGACGGUAAAUGGAAUAGUUGUAAACCAGAAAACUUAGACGAAGAACGCUUAAAAGCAGUCGUACAAUAUUUAGUGAAAUCGAAAGCAGUAGCUGCAGCUCAUAGUUAUUGUACACAAUGCACUUCCGGGAAUCAGAAAAAUGAUUCGAAAUCAAAUUACGUACCAGUCAUCAUGAUGCCAAUAUACCCAGCAGACCAAUGUCCAUUUGAUAUGGAUUGUGAAAUAAAAAAAAUGAAAGAUUCUGAAAUUAAGACUGUUAAAAAAGCAAAAAAAUUAAAAGAGGUCAAGGAUUCAGAAAAAAACAAUGAAAGUAAGAAGACGAAAAAACAUGGUUUUGUAUUGCAAAGGCUUACGGAUUUCGAUUUACUGUCACAGUGGUGAAAAGAGAUAAAUCAUUAUUUUCCA